CUGCAAAUGGAUGAACCUAACCCAUAAUCCAAUCUUGUUCCGUACGCACUUUUGACUAUAAAUAUCUUGCCUCCAAGCUCCCAUUUCAACUUGAAGCACCCACUUCGCCAUUGCAACAAUUUCUCUGCUCCUUUACCUUUCAAGUCUCCAGAAGAAGAAGAAAAUGGAAGUUGUAUUCAACACAGAGCUCUUAAGGGGAAAUGGUGAACAUCUGCAAGAUGAAGAAGCUAGCUCCCCACUAUCUGAUUGGGUGAUCUCCAUCAAGGGAAAACUAGACAAGGCAUGUCAAGAUGACGGAGCAAGUUCAUGGGACAAUUUAUCAAUCUACAAAGUCCCUCAAUACCUUAGAAAUAGUACUGGCGAUGAUAAAGCUUAUGUACCCCAGAUUGUGUCAUUAGGUCCUUACCACCAUGGCAAAGAGCACCUUCGCCAAAUGGAACGCCAUAAAUGGCGCUCCCUUAACCAUGUCCUCAGGCGAACAGGACACGACAUUAGACUCUAUCUCAAUUCCAUGAAAGAGAUAGAAGAUAAAGUCCGCUCCUUCUACGAGGGACCAAUCACUUUAAACAGCAAUGAGUUCGUGGAAAUGUUGGUCCUUGAUGGUUGUUUUGUGUUGGAGGUUUUCAGAGGAUAUUCAUUGGGGUUCGUAGAACUCGGGUAUUUAUCGAACGAUCCUGUUUUCGCAUGGCGUGCAUCAAUAUUCUCCAUAAGCAAAGACUUGAUCAUGCUAGAAAACCAGCUUCCACUUUUCGUACUAGAUCGGAUUCUGGGACUUCAACUUGAUAACCCAGACCAGAAAGGACGCGUUGCUGGUCUAGCUCUCGAGUUAUUCGAUUGGUUAAAGCCAGAAACAGGAACAAUGAGUAAUGAUCAUCCAACAGAAACACAAACAAUAUUGAGUAAUGAUGAUUUAGAUGGUCUUCAUUGCUUGGAUGUCUUCAGGAGAAGUCUCCUACACACAGGACCAAGACCUCAACCAACACCCAAAGAACCACAAACAAUGAGUAAUGAUCCUCCUUCAGAAACUCAAACAAUGAGUAAUGAUGAUUUAGGUGGUUUUCAUUGCUUGGAUGUGUUCAAGAGAAGUCUCUUGCGCCCAGGACCUCAACCAACACCCAGUGAAGGGAUCCAACGCUGGUCAAAUCGGCAGCAGACGAUACCUUGUGUCACAGAGCUUAAAGAGGCUGGAAUCAAAUUCAAGAAAGGGAAGACAUAUCGCUUCUUGGAUAUAAAAUUUGAGAGAGGCACCCUGCAAAUACCGCGGCUCUUGGUCCAUGAAGGCACCAAGACUUUGUUCCUCAACCUCAUUGCCUUUGAGCAGUGUCAUCUUGACUGCGGCAGUGACAUCACAAACUAUGCCUUCUUUAUGGACUACUUGAUCAACUCUCCAGAGGAUGUGGGGUACCUUAUUGACCGUGGGAUAAUCGAGCACUGGCUUGGCAAUGAUCUAGAAGUUGCAAACCUUUUUAAUGGCCUAUGCCAAGAGGUUUCGUAUGACAUUGAAGAUAAUUACCUUUCCACAAUUUUAGGUGCUGUGAAUCUGUAUUAUGAGCGUAGAUGGAACAAGUGGUAUGCAAACUUGAGACAGAACUACUUCAGCAAUCCUUGGACAAUUAUCUCUUUAAUUGCUGCUGUUGUCUUGUUGCUACUCACUCUUGCACAAACCUGCUACACUAUAUAUGCUUAUUACAGACCACCUAAGUAACUCAUCUCUGAAGAUUGUUUGCAGUAGAAUUCGUUUGCAAGUAUUUGAUAUAAAAGAAGGCUUUGAGUAAUUCCCCUGUGAACGUGCUAAGGUAAGAAAUGAUUCAAGCACAAAGAAGCAUGUUGAGUGUGGUCAUUCAAAUUCCUUUUGUUUUGUCAUUGUAACAAACUCACGCGUUUAUUUGAAAAUUUCUAGAUGCUUCUGUUCAAGCACAAAGAAGCUUUUUAAUGAUUAGUGUUUACUCUUUGUCAAUUUUUAACUCUGUAUAAAUUGAUGUUGUUCGUUUAAUUUCUUCCCUACAUUUCCUUUUUGUUGUUAGCUACAUGUAACUUUGUAUGAUUUAUAUUUACACCUGGUUUUUUAAUGGUAACUGGUAAGAAGGAUUACAAUGAUGAUGAAUAUUAUCAAGUGAGGUCAAUCAUUCAUUUGAUUAUUUGAAUGUAA